AUGAACAGUCAAGAGGCAUCUGCACCACCACCACCAGCUGCUACUACCAUUUCCUCCACUCACCCUGUAGCUGCAGCCGCUGUUCCGAGCAGUUCUGGAACCGCUGAAAACACAGGCAGCGCUACUGUUACGAUGACGGUCACAGAUGCUCCUGCCCAGAACGACAACAAUGAAGUAUUAGAGCUCACACUACGACCAAGGACUAAUGUAUCAUGGAACGAAAGUGUCAUCGAUAAUGAAGGGAUGGGAAAGAAGUCAUCAAAGCGUUGCUGUAUUUGGCACAAGCAACGUGAGUUUGGAGAAUCAUCCACAGAAUCAGACGGAAGCUCCAGUUCAGGAGGACCGAGCAACGGACAAAAGAAAAUUGCACGCAAGAAGAAGGGUGGCAAGAAGAAGCUUCCAGAUUAUCAACGGUUCCAUGCCUAA